GGAGAAUUUGGCAUUAUAUAUAAAGCAGUAAAUGUUUUAAACAAUAAAAUAUAUGCCCUAAAAAAGCUUAAAAAAAAGAAUAAAAAAUCUCUGGCGGGUGUUGAAAUUCAUGUCUUGAGAGAAAUAAAGUAUACUUCUGAAUUUCAACAUCCUAAUCUUAUACAACGAUCGGACUGCUUCUUGCACCAUAAAACUGUUUGCCUCGUUUUUGAGUUCUUUGACACAGACUUGGGAAAAAUACUUCAAACUGUUGGAGGCCUAUGCCAGUUUUCUGCUGAGUUAAUUUUUUACCUCACUAAAAGCAUAUUGUUGGGCUUAGAGUAUAUGCACACCCGAGGGGUUAUUCAUCGGGACAUCAAGCCCAAUAACAUACUUCUCAACGAAAUAGGAGAGGUUAAGAUCUGUGAUUUUGGCAUGUCAAGAAUCUGUGACGAAAAUGCUGGCGACAUGACGUGCCAAGUGGUCUCACGUUGUUAUAGAUCUCCCGAGCUUUUGUGUGGAAUAAAGCAUUAUGGCUGCGAAAUAGAUAUAUGGGCUUUUGGCUGCCUUUUCGCAGAGAUUUUACUAGGAAAGCCCUUAUUCAAAGGGGAUUCUGACAUAAACCAACUUUCAGAAAUUUUUAGUAUCACCGGCCCCCCAUCUGAAGAUCAGUGACCGGACUUGAGUGGUUUGCUUGACUUAAAAGUUGUACGUGAAGUUUCUUUAACCAGACUUUCCGAUGUUUUUCGUCAAUGUGUCAAGGAUUAUAAAAUGUUGAUGGUGAUGGAGGGUUGCUUUGACCUUAACCCUCAGAGACGCCCUACCUCUUCCAGGCUCCUGCAGUAUUGCUAUUUUAAAGGCUUUUCAGAAACCUUAAAAGCUUCAAGGAGCGCUGUACUUUCACCUAUUGAGCAGCAAAUUCUUAACUACAAAAAUUGGGAGCAGCAGAAACUUGCUUAUCGUUUAGAACUUUCGGAUCUUGUACGCCGUGCUCUUUCUACUCAACCCGAAAAAGUUGUUAACGCGAUUGAGUUGGGGAGAGGCGGAGUCUCAAAGCGUCUACGCUUUGAUUAAUAGU